UUUUCACACUUUUAUAGAGUCUGCAUGAAAGUAUCAGGAAGGCUGUUGUCUUCUUAGAAGGUCGACUUCCACAACUGACCAAUCCUUACGCUGUUGCGAUGACGUCUUACGCCAUGUCCAAUGCUGACAAACUCAAUAAAGACAUCUUGAUCAGACACUCCUCACAAGGAGAAGCCGGUCGGUCCUGGACUGUCCCUGGACAGCAUCAUCACUCACUAGAGGCGACGGCUUAUGCUGUGCUGGCGCUUGUGAAGGCAAAAGACUUUGAUAAAGCAGGAGAAGCAGUGCACUGGCUGAACAGACAACAGUCUCAUUAUGGAGGAUCUGGCACCACACAGGCGACCAUCAUGGUGUUUCAGGCCGUGGCAGAGUAUCGCACGCAGGUGAAGGACCGACAAAACUUCAAUAUGGAAGUGGAGCUGUCUGUAGCAGGAAGAAGCAAACCUGUCAGAUAUACUAUCAAAAGAGAGAAUGCACACCUUACGUGGUCACACAAGGUGGAGAUAAACAAGGACUUCAAUGUAACUGCUAAAGGAACUGGAAAAGCCACUCUCUCAGUUCUGACGAUGUACUAUGCCAGACCUGUUGAGAAGAAAUCUGACUGUACUUUCUUUAAUCUGACUGUUAAAUUGGAGAAAGAAAAUGAAACAAAACAAGGAGCCAUUGCAAGUUACAAGCUCACUAUGGAUUUCAUCUACAAAAGUGAUAAAACCGAUGCCACCAUGACUGUUCUGGACAUUGGUUUACCGACUGGAUUUGAAGUUGAAGAACAUGAUCUUAAACAGUUGUCUUCAGGGAAGGAGAGAUACAUUCAGAAAUAUGAAAUGAAUGAAGUUCUGUCAGAGCGAGGAUCCCUCAUCCUCUACUUAGAUAAGGUUUCUCAUAAAGAGAAAGAAGUAAUUUCCUUGAGAAUGCACCAGCUGUAUGAUGUGGGUCUGCUACAGCCUGCUUCAGUCACAAUAUAUGAAUAUUACUCACCAGAUGCACGCUGUACAAAGUUCUACCACCCUAAAAGGACAGAUGCUGCGAUAUACAAACUGUGUAAAGGAGACCUGUGCCUGUGUGCAGAAGAGAACUGCAGUUACCAGAAGAAGAAUCAUGUCGGAGAUGAGGAGCGUUCGGAUAGACCCUGUGAAGCUGGCAUGGAUUAUGUUUAUAAAGUCACAGUGGUGGGGAUGGAUCUGAAACAGCACUCUGACAUCUAUGACAUGAAGGUGGAGCUGGUGCUGAAAGAAGGUACAGUUUAUUAUUAUUCUGUGUCCAUCUUAAGAAUAUAGCUGACAGUUAUUAUU